AUGUACACCAACCUAAUUUCCCAGGGCAUACUCGUCCUCGGGUCCCUCGGGUACGUCGCUGCGACAAACCCUGGCUGCGUGCAUCCCUGCAUCCAGCUUCCCCAAGGCCAUCACGAACCCUGGCUCUGCCCCGUCGGAAUCCCCAGGCCUCAUUACCACAUCGGUAAAUGGCCUACUCUAGAGGAAGAAAACCUUGCCAAGGCGCUCAUCGGCCCUGUCACCAAGCAAGAUCCUUGCGGCUGGCAGUCUGAUGGCAAGCUCUGCAGAGCCUCUCAAAACGCUCAUGUCACCCUUAGCCUCGUGUCUUCAGAUCCCCUUACUGUCAAGGUCAAGAUCAGCAACCAUGAUGCCUACCCAAUCACCUUUUGGACAAGGUACUCUCCUCUCAGCCAGCAUGCCUUUGACUAUGAGUACUUCACGAUCACCCCCCUAGGUCAUCAUUCUGUUGCUGCUAAGGCUCAAGCACCUACGCCAGCGGGGUACAGGCCAGAAACUGCACCUGAACUUUCUGUCAUCUCCCCUGGCGAGGCGUUGGAGGCCGACAUUGUCCUGACCAACCCGAACCAUUUCUUCCAUAAGAUGGUGAAGGACGGUGGUGACAUUGAAAUCGGUAUGUCGGGACGGUGGAAUGGCUUCUGGGCUGCAACUGCGCCUGAAGUCAUGAACAGUGAUUUGGGCUAUUCCUGCAACAACAUCUGGAGCAGCCUGGGCCUCACUUGGUCUGCGCAGAACAAGCUGCUGCUACGCUUUCCUAAGCAGCAUUAUGUCUCCUCGGAGCCGUCCUAUUCUGUCCCGAAACAUGGAGCUGAGCCUGAAACUAGUGCGGGUAAUGAGCCUACAUAUGGCGAUAAAUCGUCACGAGUCGGUUCCGACGUUGCAGAUGAGACGGAAAAAAGUUCAAGCAUAGAGCAAUCUGAGUCUACGAGUCCAAAGGAUGACGCAAAGCCUGUUAGUGGCCAGCUAGCCACUGAAUCGCCAGCUGCCAAGUCCCCAGCAGGUGAAUCGCUACCAACUGAGUCACCAGGAUCGGCCAUCCCAGAGGAUCCAGCUAGUGAGGAGCCAGGGUCAAAUAGUGCCUCACAGUGUGUUACGGAAAAGGUCGCCACUACACCUGCACCGGCUGAAUAUGGCCGCACUGAGGAGGGGCUCAAAUUGACAACAGCUACGCAAAGCUGGAAAACCAUGGCCUCUACUACCACCCAGCCAGGAUCUGCUCGCUUAGAGAAAAGGGAUUGCUGCCCACCACCACCAGAUUGUCCUCAUUGCGACGGCAAAGGCCCUUACAAAGAGGGCUGUGAAUGCAAGGCUGAUUAG